AUGGAGAGAGCAAGUUGGUCAACUAAAAGCGGGAAAGGCAAACGGCCACAUGUCAUAGUGGUUCCAUAUCCGGCACAAGGCCACAUCAACCCCAUGCUCCAAUUCUCCAAGCGCUUAAUCUCCAGAGGAGUCAAAGCCACCCUAGCCACCACCGUCUUCGUCGCCAAAUCCAUGCACCUCAACCAAACCUCAACUACUAUCUCGGUCGAAUCCUUCUCGGACGGAUUCGAUCAAGGAGGGUUCGGCCAGGCCGCCAGCGACGAGGACUAUGUCGCCACUUUUCGGGCCGUCGGGUCGCGAACCCUGACCCACCUCAUACAGAGACUGAGCAUCGAUUCGGAUCACGAUCACAACGAUCGUGAUCCGGUCACAGCUGUCAUUUACGACGGCUUCAUGCCUUGGGCACUCGACGUGGCCAAGGAUUUGGGGCUCGUAGGGGCCGUGUUCUUCACUCAGUCGUGUGCGGUCAACUCCGUGUACUUCCAUGUCCAGAGGGGCCUCCUCCCCUUGCCGCUGACCGAGUCAACGGUCUCGCUCCCUGGGCUGCCCGUACUGAAAGCCUCCGAAACACCGUCGUACGUGUCGGAUUACGGGUCGUACCCCGCGAUUUACCAGAUGGUGGUCGACCAGUUUACGAACGUUGAUCAGGCGGAUUAUGUGCUCUUUGACUGCUUCUACGAGAUGGAGAAACAGGUGGUGGAUUGGAUGGCGCGACGGUGGCGCGUGGGCACAAUAGGCCCGACCCUCCCGUCCAAGUAUUUGGACGGGAGGCUCGAAGACGACACCGAUUACGUUAUCAAUCUGUUCGAGCCGAGCUCCGACGAGUGCAUGAGCUGGCUAGGCACCAAACCGGAAGGGUCCGUCGUGUACGCAUCUUUCGGCUCCAUGGUCAAAGUGAGCCAAGAGCAGAUGGAAGAGGUAGCUCGGGGGCUGGAAAACACCAACUUCUACUUCCUGUGGGUGGUUCGAGCCGACGAGGAAGUCAAAUUACCCGCCAACUUCAACCGGGCCGGCGGGAAAGGCUUGGUGGUCAAUUGGGCCCCGCAGCUGGAGGUCCUGGCCCAUCCCGCUACGGGCUGCUUUCUCACUCACUGCGGGCUCAAUUCUGUGGUGGAGGCAAUGUGCUUAGGGGUGCCGAUGGUGGCGGUGCCACAGUGGACGGACCAGAUCACGAACGCCAAGUACGUGGAGGACGUGUGGCAGGUCGGGGUGAGGGUGGCGGUGGACGGGAAGGCGACGGUGAGGAGGGAGACGGUGGAGAUGUGUAUAAGGGAAGUUAUGGAGGUGAGGAGGGUUGAGCUGAAGGUGAAUGCGGAGAGUUGGAAGGGAUUGGCGAGGCAAGCUUUGGAUGGAGGCGGGAGCUCUGAUUUGUGCAUCAAUGACUUUGUUGCUGCUUUGCUUUGA